AUGGCCAUCACCAAGAUCCACGCGAGAUCAGUCUAUGACUCUCGUGGUAACCCAACUGUGGAAGUUGACGUCGUGACAGAAACUGGCCUUCACCGUGCCAUCGUUCCAUCCGGAGCUUCCACUGGUCAGCAUGAGGCUUGCGAACUCCGCGAUGGUGACAAAACUCGCUGGCUUGGAAAGGGUGUCUUGAAGGCCGUCAAGAACGUCAACGAUGUUAUUGGUCCCGCGAUCAUCAAGGAAAACAUCGACGUCAAGGACCAGUCCAAAGUUGACGAAUUCCUUAACAAGCUCGAUGGCACUGCCAACAAAUCGAACCUAGGAGCCAAUGCGAUCCUCGGCGUCAGCUUAGCAAUUGCAAAGGCCGGUGCAGCUGAAAAGGGUGUCCCACUCUACGCGCACGUCUCCGACCUCGCAGGCACUAAGAAGCCAUAUGUCCUUCCCGUUCCGUUCCAGAAUGUCCUCAAUGGAGGUUCCCAUGCUGGUGGCCGUCUCGCGUUUCAAGAAUUCAUGAUUGUUCCAUCGGAUGCUCCCUCCUUUUCCGAGGCCCUUCGCCAGGGCUCCGAAGUUUAUCACAAACUCAAGGCUCUCGCCAAGUCCAAGUAUGGCCAGUCUGCCGGAAAUGUUGGCGACGAGGGUGGUGUUGCUCCCGAUAUCCAAACCCCCGAGGAGGCUCUCGACUUGAUCACGGAUGCCAUUGAGCAGGCCGGCUACACCGGCAAGAUCAAGAUUGCUCUUGAUGUUGCAUCCAGCGAAUUUUACAAGGCAGACGAGAAGAAAUAUGACCUUGACUUCAAGAAUCCUAACAGCGACAAGAGCAAGUGGCUCACAUACGAGCAGCUCGCCGAUCUUUACAAGAAAUUAGCCAGCAAGUAUCCCAUUGUCAGCAUUGAAGACCCAUUCGCCGAGGACGACUGGGAAGCUUGGAGCUACUUCUUCAAGACCUCCGAUUUCCAAAUUGUUGGAGACGACCUUACUGUUACCAACCCUGUGCGGAUCAAGAAGGCGAUUGAACUUAAGGCAUGCAAUGCUUUGCUGCUCAAGGUGAACCAAAUCGGCACUUUGACCGAAUCUAUCCAGGCUGCCAAGGACUCCUACGCUGAUGGCUGGGGCGUGAUGGUCUCUCACCGAUCAGGUGAAACAGAAGAUGUCACAAUUGCUGAUAUUGUUGUUGGAUUGCGCUCCGGUCAAAUCAAGACUGGCGCGCCCGCGCGAUCUGAGCGUCUUGCCAAGUUGAACCAGAUUCUCCGUAUCGAGGAGGAACUCGGUUCCAACGCUGUUUAUGCUGGCGAGAAGUUCCGCAAUGCAGUCAACAUGUAA